AUGCUCGAAGCUCGGCUGCAACAGGCGGGAACUCUCAAGAAGCUCCUUGACGCUAUCAAGGAGCUAGUCACGGACGCGAACUUCGAGUGCAACGAGGAGGGCAUAACUCUUCAAGCCAUGGACAACUCGCACGUCGCGCUUGUCGCCGUCAAGCUAGAUGCCUCCAGCUUCCAAAAGUACCGAUGCGACCGUCCAAUGCCGCUCGGUGUCAACCUCGGCGCGCUCGCAAAGGUCCUCAAAUGCGCCAAGGAUGAUGAUAUCUGCACCCUAACGGCCACCGACGACGCCGAUGUCCUCAACCUCAAGUUCGAGAGCAGAAAUCAGGAUCGGUUGGCGGAAUAUGACAUGAAGUUGAUGGAUAUCGACUCGGAUACGCUCGGUAUACCAGACACCGACUACGAUGCACGGAUUACCAUGCCGAGUAGCGAACUCGCAAGGAUAGUCCGUGACCUCAUCCAGCUCGGCGAGUCCGUCCGCAUCGAUGUGACCAAGGAAGGCGUCCGGUUCAAUUCGGACGGCGAGGCUGCCAACGGCUCUGUGCUCCUGAAGCAGACAGACGCCAGUCGAAAAUACUUCCAGAAAAAGAUCGAGGACGGCCGGACGGGUGUGCUGAUCGAGAUGAACCAGACUGUCAAUCUUACGUUCUCUCUGAAGUAUCUCGUCAACUUCGCGAAGAGCUCCAGCUUGACUGAUGUAGUGCAGCUCAUGAUGAGCAACGACGUUCCCCUACUGGUACAAUACCACUUCGGUCAAGGCCAUAUCCGAUACUACCUCGCGCCUAAGAUUGGCGACGAGUGA